CGAAGUGCGGGGGGACCGUGGUGGGGAGGGAAAUCACGGCUACAACCACACAAAAUUUCCUCAUAAUGACUGCCCUUCGUUGUCGUUGCCCUCUUUCCCCUCCUCUCUGCUCUGAGAUUCUUUCCUGAUUCAGACCAGGCAUUCUCAUCCUCGCGUAUCCGAUUCCAGCGAAGAAGAGGCACGAGUCACCAUGGUUCAGAGUACACCGAUGACAAACGACAUGUUUCCUCGAGGGCACCCGCGUCGUUUGCCUGCGUGGCGCAAAGGGGCCCUCCUCGCCACGACGUCUUUUGCCGCCUUUCUGGCCAACUUCUGCGCCGGUGGUCAUCUUACGGCAUUUGAAGAUGUGUCCAAGUCGCUGCAUGUGACAAUUCCUCAAGCCGCUUCUGCCAUCGGCAUCGGCAUUCUCGGACUCGGCUUCGGGCCUCUUGUCUGGGGACCACUCUCUUCUUCGAUUGGACGAAGGCCUACUUGGCUUCUUGCGUGGUCACUCUUCUUCCUCACGACCAUUUGGAUCGCCUUGUCAGGCAAUUAUGCCAACUUUGAAGCUUCGAGGUUCCUGGCUGGCUUUACUUCGAGCGUCUCCCAGUCGGUGCCGGCUGCCCAGAUCGCAGACAUCUUCUCGCCGGCGCACCGAGGUCUCUGCGUGUCCGUGUGGACGUUUGCCAUUGUCACAGGUCCCGUCACGGCGCCCAUCGUCUGCGCCGGUAUCUUGACGGCGACUACCUGGCGAUGGAUGUACUGGCUCAUCGUUAUUCUGGCCGGAGCCACGCUCGUUGCUGUGUUCUUCUUCGUCCCCGAGACGCUCGUCAUCGACGACGGCUUCUUGUCGCCCGCUCUCUCUGCUUCGUCACCGACUGCGAAGACGGCCGCCGACGAGAUCGAUGACAAGAAGGAGGCAACGGAUGUUGAGACGGGCUCGUCGCACUCCUCAAAGGAGGUUGGCACUGGUGCAGCCGAUCGCCAAGCUCGCGUAGGCGUCGCCUGGUACCCAUGGAGGGAGCCACUGCGAUUCUGCAUUCAAAUGCUCACGCCGUUCCGGAUGGCACUGUUUCUUCCCGUCCUCGUACCCAGCAUCGUCUACAGCGUCUUCUUCGGAUGGGGUGUCGGCAUGACGGUCAUCACUCCACAGGUAUUCAUGAAGCCGCCGUGGAACUUUACCAAUGUCGCCGUGGGCGCAUCCUUCAUGGCAAGCUUCGUUGGUGCGGCCAUUGGCAAGUUCUUCGGUGGCUGGUUCUCCGACUUUGUCGUAACACAAGCGACCAAGCGCAAGUCGGCCGCGUCCAGCAGCGCCGAGGCCGCCAUCAGAGAGCCGGAGCCGAGGAUGUGGGCGCUCCUCUUUGGCCUCCCAUUCCUGUUCAUCGGUGCCUUCUUCUACGGCUACGGGAUCCAACAGAAGGCCGCCUGGCCCGUGGCCGUCAUCGUGGGCAUGGGCGGGUACUACGUCGGCGUCAACUCGACGCAGAGUGUGGUGCAGACAUACGUCGUCGAGUGCCAGCUCACAAAGGCCGCGUACAGCAUGGCGCUAUUUAACCUGAUCAAGUGCAUCUUUGCCUUCGGCGUCACGUACUAUCUCCCUGAAUGGGCUGCAAAGGACUACUGGUCCUGCUACGGAGCAUGUGCAGGUAUCGCCCUGGGGCUUGGGCUGCUCCUGGCCGCUUGGCUUCUCGUAGCCGGAAAGGCGACGAGACGAUGGCAAGGCAUGGUCGAGUGAAGGCCAGCUUGGCGAGAGGAAAAUUGCCUUGAUAUCGCUGCUGCUGUAAUUCUAUUAUCAUACAUAUGA